CUCAUCUGGUACUACAUGGGUUGGGAGUUUGGAUUGCCGGCGCUGCUGAUCACCCUAGCUGCGGUGUUCAUCGCAAGCGGCUGGUGGCGCUGGUGGCACAUCGCUUUCGUGACAGCACCGCGUGACAUCAAAGCUCUCACAAGAUACAUCAAGCUGCUGGGGCUGGUGCGGAAACACGCCAAGAACAAUGCCACAAUCGGAGACAUCUUCGCCGAGUACGUGUCGAAGCAACCCGACAAAGCCUGCCUAAUAUGUGAAGGACGCUCCUGGACGUUCCGUGAGGUGAACGACUACUCGAAUCGUCUGGCGAACGUGUUCCACGCGCACGGCUACAAGCAUGGCGAUGUGGUGGGACUGUUGCAGGAAAACCGACCCGAGUUCGUUGCCAGUUGGCUUGGUCUGUCGAAGCUGGGCGUGAUCGUGCCCUUAAUCAACCACAACCUGCGGAAGAAUGCGCUGAUUCACAGCAUAACCGUGGCUAACUGUAACGCUCUGAUCUACGGUGAGGCGUUAGCUGACGCCGUUACGGAAGUCGCCGAUACCUUGCCGUCCUCGGUGGCCCUUUAUCAGGUCAAUGAAACCGUUCAGCAACCGGUUCUCACCAACGCCAAGGACCUCACGACGCUGAUGCAGUCCGCGUCCAAGGAACUACCGGUAAAUGGCGUGAAAAAGCCGAGCCACCAUGACAAGCUGAUCUACAUCUACACCUCGGGCACGACGGGACUUCCGAAGGCGGCCGUGAUCACGCAUUCCAGGUACGUUUUCAUUGCGGCUGCGAUUUCCAUAGUGGCCGGAUUCCGAUCGGACGACACGUUCUACACUCCGUUGCCUCUCUAUCACACCGCCGGUGGCAUGAUGAGCAUCGGUCAGGCGUUGCUCUUUGGGGCAACAGUGGUAACCCGCAAGAAGUUCUCUGCCUCACAGUUCUUCAUCGACUGCCAGAAGUACAACUGCACGAUUGCUCAGUACAUUGGCGAGAUGUGUCGGUACAUCCUGGCCACUCCGGCAUCUCCAACGGACAAGGCACACAAAGUUCGCCUGAUCUUUGGUAACGGGCUGCGUCCUCAGAUUUGGCCGCAGUUUGUGGAGCGCUUUAACAUCCCACGUGUAGCGGAAUUCUACGGUGCUACGGAGGGCAAUGCAAACAUUGUCAACGUCGACAACACGGUGGGUGCGAUCGGGUUCGUGUCACGGAUCAUCCCCGUGGUGUAUCCCAUCUCGAUCAUCCGUGCCGAUCCGGCGACGGGUUACAGUGAGCCGCUCCGUGGCAAGGAUGGCCUGUGUCGGUUGUGCAAACCCAACGAACCCGGUCUCUUCAUCGGAAAGAUCAUCCCGAAUAAUCCGUCGCGUGCGUUCCUCGGAUACGUCGACAAGGGCGCGACUGAGAAGAAGAUCGUGCGCGAUAUCUUCCGCAAGGGCGAUGCCGCCUUUCUGUCCGGGGACCUGCUUGUCGCUGACGAGCGGGGCAACCUGUUCUUUAAAGAUCGCACUGGGGACACGUUCCGCUGGAAAGGUGAGAACGUGUCGACUAGUGAGGUUGAAGCGGAAGUUAGCAAUGCAGUCGGCUACCGGGACACGGUGGUGUACGGCGUAGAGGUGCCAAACCUCGAAGGCCGCGCCGGCAUGGCUGCCAUUCUGGAUCCGGAGCGACAGGUCGACCUGGAGGUGCUGGCGAGGACGAUCAAGGACACACUGCCGUCGUACGCCCGACCGCAGUUCGUGCGGUUACUAUCGAAGGUGGACAUGACGGGCACAUUCAAGCUGAAGAAGCUCGAUCUGCAGGAGGAAGGCUUCGAUCCGAGUACGAUCGAGGACUCGGUGUACUAUCUGACUGCGAAGGGACAAUACGAACGGCUGACACCGGAGAUCUACGAGCAGAUCAAGCUUGGCGAAGUGCGGCUGUAGAUCGUUGCCAUUCGCAGGGACGCAAGUGUGUCUCCAAGUGUUAUGCUUGCUCUCGUGUGGAAUUUCGCACAGGGUAGUAGACGUUUGUUUUGUUUUGUUUACUAACGAUUUGUAUACUGAAGGCUGUUUUUCUCUUAAGGAUAACUGUGACAUUUUCCAUUACAAGUUAACAAGCUUCGCGGGUUCUAAUGUAAGACGGCGGAAGCACCGUAACCGUGUCGAACAAGAAAGGCAAGUCAAAUGUAGGCAAAUGUUUCGAGGUACUAUUUCUGAUAGAUCUAUUUCUUGAUAUGGGGACUGAAGAAGAGGAUAUACUUUUCACAGGAUUUAGUUAUUCCAUAAGCGGAACUUUCGAGGGAUUGGCGGGAAGGAGAAGAAAACUACAUUUGAAGCCAAUAGCUGUAUGACAUGCGCAGGAAUAACGAUAAUAAAUGUACUUAUA